AAACCCGGAAGUGUGAAAAGAUUCCCUUCUGGUUUGUUAACUUUCCUUUCCCAGAGUUCACUUUCCCUGGCUUGAGGAGAGGGUGCCAAUAAUUUCUAUUAAGUUCUUAAGGUUCUUAAAGGAACAUAAUGGAUCUUCAGGAAUAUUUCAGAAGGAUCGGGUUCAGCAAAGUGCAUGAGAAACCCGAUCUGGCCACGCUCCGCAUUAUUCACAAACUGCACGUGAUGAGCAUUCCCUUCGAGAACCUCAGCAUCCACUGUGGAGAGCGGAACACCUUGGAUCUGAACAUAAUUUAUGAGAAGAUUGUGAGAAACUCUCGUGGAGGAUGGUGCUGUGAAAACAACCUGCUCUUCUCCUGGGUGCUGAGAGAGAUGGGCUACAAAUACACCACGCUGGGCUCAAAAGUGUUCAACACGCUCAAAAAUGACUUCAACCCCUUGGAUUCACACCUUAUAAACAUGGUGGAGAUCGAAGGCAAGUCGUAUAUCACUGAUGUGAGUUUUGGAGUGUCGAGCCAAAUCUGGUACCCGUUAGAAAUGAUUUCAGGGAAAGAUCAAGAGCAGCCGGGGGGGAUUUUCCGUCUGGUGAACGAUGGUGAAAGAUGGGCACUGGAGAAGAGUGGAAGGAAACCUCUGGUCCAGGAUAAAGCCUUUGCCAAUUCCAGCCUUGUUGACAAACGCCUGAUGAAGACGAUUUACUCUUUCGUUUUAAUGCCACGUGGGACUGAUCAUUUUCUGAACACAUGCGAGUUCCUGCAGACCAGCCCAGAGUCUCUGUUCACUCAAAAAUCCAUUUGUUCCCUCCAGACACCCACUGGAUUCAGAGCUCUGAUUGGUUGGACCUACAGCGAGGUCACAUUUAAUCCUGAAGAAGAUAAUGACAUCAUCAAGAUGAGCGAAGUAGCUGACAGUGAAAUCGAGACCAUACUCAAGGAAAAGUUUAAUAUCGUCUUGGUUAAUAAACUCACACCAAUAAACAACAAAGCUGCUUAUAAACUGUAGGACAUUUUAUACACGUGUAUCUAAAGAGCUAGAUUGCCAUGAUUUGGGGGCAUUGUGAUUUUUCUACCAUUCAUAAUGAUGUAUUUUUAAUUACUGAUGAAAUAUUUAUAUAUCAAGAAGAUAUUUUAACAUAAGUGAUUAUAAAUGAAAGGAAUAUUCAUUGCAGUGAAGUAUGAAGGAUGAUCUUACUUUUUGAUGAUAUAUUUUUUUUAUUUUGUUUUUUUAUUACAUUUAAUGUCUUUGUCAAAGAGACAAUCUCAAGAAAACCCAAAGCAAGGACAACACAAGCGGAGCCGUACAGUACAGUAUGUGGCUCUUUCAUACCUCUGCUGUGGCGGCCUGUAGCUUUGGAAAAUAAAUAAUGAGUAUUUAAUAAAUUUUCUUUUAGUUUAUUAUUUUUUUUAUGUAAUUCCAAAUAUGAAGAUUAUGGUGAUCUUGUAUCAUUAAAACAUGUUUAAUUUUUUGCCACGCGAUUUAUAUCAAUAGUCCUUUUUUUAUUCCGCCGACUGCACGCUCCAGUACACGCAAUAAAAUCAUGAUGGCACACAGAAUUAGACGGCAUUUUUGGUUUGAAACAUUUUUGGUUUGAACCAUCUCAUAAAUAUUAGGACACAAAUAGACAUUGAAUAUUUUAUUUGAAAGUAACCUUCAACCCAGCAUCUUUUUUUUGAAGUUCAACAUGUAUUUGUUGCAUGCAGAAAUAA